CAUUUGUUCACUUAAUUAUAGUCUAUAUAUAUAUAUAUGUAUUGAAAAACAUUGAAUCAAAUGGUUUAGCAAAUAAUUAAUUAUUAUUUUUUAGUGAAAAAAUUGUUUGUUAUUGAAGUCCACGUGUCGUAUCAUUUGUUAAAUAGUGAUUAAUCACACAAUUGAUUACUUUUGUUGCAUUCAUUAUCUCAAUCAAAGUUGGUGUCAAUUAAUCAAUUGAUGUCAAAGUGAUGGCAAAGAGUUUGUUUGUCACUUAUUUUUUAUGGCUAUUCUUCGGACUCUUUGGUUUGCAUCAGUUUUACUUGAAUCGUGACAUUCAUAGCUUCUUAAUGUGGAUGACUUUUGGUGGUUAUUUUGGAUGCGGUUGGGUUCGUGACCUCUGGAGGAUUCCUGAGUACGUAAAGGACGCCAACAAUGAUCCUAAAUAUCUGGAAAUAUUGGCCGAAAAGAUGCGCAAAGAGGCGAAACCAUCGACAGGUUAUAUCCGAGCGUCGGCCACAAUCAUCAUCGCCGAUAUCUUAGGCUAUUUGGUUGUCAGUGCAAUACCUAUUGAACUAUUUUCUGAAGAUAGUUAUUGGAUAACAUUGUUAACUAUAGUUUUAGCUCCAUUUGCCGUUGCCGUCGGUGUGUACGCUGUGGGCAAUGUUGGCCGACAACGGGGAUCAUUGAAAGGUCCUCUAAUCGGCGCCUAUCUAACGGCCCCUCUUUACCUGUUUAGUCAAAAUGUUGUUUUUUGGACAUCUUUGUCGUCAAACUACUUCUUUAAUAACUAUUCUAAACAAUGGCGAAGAACUCCUCCAAAACGACGAUCUCUUUGUAGAAGAAUCUCAAUCUUAAUAUUCUUUGGCUUAAUAUACCUCUCAUUAUGGAGUUCUUGGUUUUACUUUAAUUGUUCAGUCGUUGACAAGAAUGAAGAAGAGAUUAAAUGUAGAGAUGCGGCCAAAAACUUCUUGAAAUCUCCGAUUUGGAAGGAAUGUACAAAAGUUUUCGAUGAGCUUAAACUUUAUAUCCAAAUCCAUGGAUGGAGUGGUCUCUGGCGUGAAAUAGUUUCAGCUCUCGACCCGCAGGGAGAGUCCAAUGCUCUUAAAGUAUUAAAUUUGCCGCAAACCGCCACUCAAGAAGAGAUUACGUCAACAUAUCGGCGACUGUCCCGACAGUGGCAUCCGGACAAACAUAAAGACCCAAAUGAAAAGAUUAGAGCACAAGAAAUGUUUAUCGAAAUACAAAACGCUUACGAAAUACUUUCAAAAAUCAAAAGACAAAGAAUUAAAAGUAGAAACUCUUUUGAUGAAAACGAUUGA